UUUUUUUUUGGCAAACCCUGAGCAUACCUAACUCCGUUAAUGGCUUUACUUUUACGGCAUAGUUAUUGCUCUUGCAGCAGUUGACCAGCAGGUGGAGGCAGUAGUUUCGUUGUGUAACAGUUGCAGCUACAAGAGCAUUUCAAAAAGACUUUCUUUGUUUCCAAGAAAUGUGUCUUUGGAUGAAAUACCUGGAUAUCAGACUCUGCUCUGUUAUCACAUCAUUUCUCACUGUAUUUAUAUUUAUUGUUUUAUUUAUUUCUCUGUUUUUAUUUCAUUCUUGUUUUAUUUAUAUCAGGGAGUGUUUUGGCAGGAAUCUGUCAACAUGUCAACGUAAUUUACAUAAAACGCGUCAUCAGUGUGGAUAAAUAAAUACAUCUAAAUAUACACAGACAUGAGACAGAGUACUGCAGUACGUCAUCGUCUGACUUUGUUUUUCUUCCUUUUUUUCCUGUCUAUUAUUGUCAGAUUAGUCACAGUCGAUGAGAUGAAGUCACCUUCAUUUCAAAAGAAAGAAAAGAAGAAGGAAGUGCAUUAACAGUACUAUUCUGCAACUUCUCUCCUGAGGACUGGACUGGUUUUUAUUUGUCGCUGCCAUAAAUACCUAGAGAAACCAUUUCCUACUGAGUUUGUCAGAAGACGGCGGCCGUGAUGUUGUCGACCAAAUCUGACUGUGUCUUUGUGGGAUUUAUUCUCUACGUGUCAGGGAUUGAAACGUCGACGGGAUAUUUGGAUUGUAGACAGGGAGUUUAUACGUCGCCCUCUGCAGGUGAUUCAACUUCUUGCUUGGAGAAUGACCUGCAGGUCAUGGUGGUUCCCUUCCAUCAGACGGUAACACUGAUGUGCAGCACCGGCUGCUCUCCGACUCAACAUUCUAGAGGCUACGUCUGGUACAGGAACGGAGAGGUUCUCUACAGGGACCGGUCACCGUGGUACCGACAGCUGGUCAGCGGUGACAGAGCAGUGAAAUAUUCCUGUGCUAUCAAAGGCUGUACAUUCAGAGCCCCCGAGGUCUCAGUGGAUUCUGUCAAUUCAACCUGCUUCACUGUGACUUACCAGAACGGACAGAUGUGUUCUGGAGAAAAAGGAAAGUCGGAGCCAUGCACCAUCACAUAUCCCAGAGAGGUCCACGUUGGCCACACACUUGUUAACCAAGACCAUGUGUCACUGGCCUGUGACAGCAGCUGUGCUCAGACUGACCAUCUGUGGUACAAGAACAGAAGAACUAAGGAAAAGAUCUUGUCCCUGAUUCCCCUCAGCUCCACUGAUGUUUACUCCUGUGCUGUACGAGGCCACGAAGAACUGUUCUCUGAUGAAGUCUGUGAGUAUCAACAAAGCCAACCAAGACUGAGGAUGUUGGUAAUAUGUCAGUCCUGUUAA